AUGCGCAAAUCUUACGACUGGGCCGACAUCUCGAAUCACUCGAAGCCAGAAGACUUGUUUCUGGUGAUAGAGGGGAAGGUCUAUGACGUGACACGGUUCCAGCAUGAACACCCGUGCACUGCCGAGACCGUACAUGCUGACCCGCCUGUUUGGGUGCGCAGUGGUGGCGACGAAUUUCUAGUGGACCAGGGCGGACAAGAUGUCACGGAGCUCUUCAACGACGCGGGCCACAGCGACGAAGCGCGGGCUAUACUCAAGACACUCGUGAUUGGCGAAGUCAAGGUUUGA